AUGAUUGAUCCUGUAUAUUACGAUGGUGGUUUAUUCAAGUUUAUUCCAUUUGAUAAUAAUACUUGGAUAAUUGAAUUAAUAAAACAAAGUGUUGAAAAGAAAGAAACUCAAUUCAUUAUUAGUGUAUGCAUAAUAAGCUGUUUACUAUGUUUAAUUACAAUUAUAAAAAUAAUAUUUAUACAUGAUAAUAAUAACAAUGUUACUUAUAAAAAUUCAGUAGAUAAUCAAUGUUGUAAUGCUUUGAAGCUAAUUUCAUCUUCAUACCAUAAAACAUAUAGGUGUUUUAACAGUUCACAUCAUGAUAAUACAUCAAUCUUCAAUGAUCAAUUCAAUAAACGAGAUAACAAUAAACAAUAUAUUAAAAUACAACAUAACAAAUUACAAGUGAGUAAAGUUUUACCAAUUACAGAAUCAUUAAAGAUCAAACAUUUCAAUAAACAUAAUAUUCAACCAGUUCAAUUCAUUGAUCAUAUUCAAUGUGAUCAUGAUCAUUUGGAAAAUAAUCCUAAUUAUAAAUUGUAUAUCGUAGAUUUAUUUAAAUUUCAUAAAAACUCAUUAUAUCGCUUAUUUAUAUACUCAAUAAUUGUUAUAAUCUGUUUUCUAAUUUGUCUCUAUAGUUUUAUCAUAUCUUAUCAACAUAAACAAAAUUUAAUACAACAAAUGAAUAAUUUACCAUUCAAAUUGAAAUUAAUCUUAUUAGAAAUAGAACAAUUCAGUCAUUAUGCUAUUGAUAUAACUUAUAAUUUAACUAAAAUUCAUAUUCAUAAUGAUUUAUUACAAAAUUCAUCAACGAAUAGUUUAUUAAAUCAAUUUAUUCAUUGUAUAAAACAAUUUAUUGCUAAAAUUAUUACUUGUUUAGCUACUACUAAUUUAUCCUAUAUAAGUAGUAAUUCUUCAUUGACAAUAUUUAAAUUAAAACAAAAUAAUUUAUCUUUUAUACAAUUAGAAAAAAUUAAUAUAGAAUCAAAUAUGAUAUUGAAUAAUUUUGAUUUAGUUUUAAAUCGUUAUAUAAAUUUAAAUAAUGUAGCUAGAUUAUUGAAUGAAGAAGUAAUUAGAAAAAUUGAACAUUCAUGGUAUACAUAUAGACAAAGUUUAUCAUCUUUAACUUAUUUAAAUGAAUAUUUAAUGAAAGAGAAUAUAACAUCAAUAUCAUUUUUUUGGUGGUAUACAUCACCUAUUAUACAACAGACAAAAUAUAUUCUUUGUGAUAGUUUGAAACAUUCUAAAUUGAUAGAUUUUACUACAUGUAAUGAAAUAGAUGAAUUUUUAUUAAAUCUUAUACAAUAUUCAAUUCAUCUUCCAUUAAAUUUACAAAUGAAAAGUUUAACAUCAGUUUUAAUGUAUGAUUUCAUUCCACGAGCAUUGAAUAUUGAACAUUUAAUAUAUCAAUGGUUACCGAUUAUUGAUAAUCUAUCAAAUAAUUGUAUAAAUUUUUUGUUUGAAACAUAUUUAAAACCAGAGAUUAAUAAAAUUAAAUAUGAAAUUUCUAUUUUUAUUAAACAAUUUCCUUCUGUUAAACUUGUUGAACAAUUAAAACAAAUUAUAAACUAUUUCAAUAUUGCACUAUUAUCCUAUCAUAUACUAUUUAUUUCAUUGAGUAUAAUACUUAUCAUCAUUUACAUAUACAUAUUCAUUUUAUAUUAUCAAUUCAUCAAAGGUCGAAAUCAUCAAUACAAAACUUGGAUUAAUAAUAAAGGUCAAUUCAAAGUAUACAUACAUCGACCUGUUUUUUUACGUUUUACUUUAUGUAUAAUUUCUAUAAUAUGUUUCUUAAUGAUCAUGGUUAGUUUGACAAGUGUAUACAUCUCAUUAAUUGGUAUAAAUGAAGGUUGUAUAUAUCUACAAUCGAAUCAUUUAGCUCAAAUAAAAGCGGAUGAAUUAAUUACAAAAUAUUUAAAAGUUUUUAUUGAUAAUUUAAAUGAAACAAUCGAAUUUUUAUCAAUUCCAAAUUUAAAUUUAAAAAUACCGCAAAAUAUUUUAAAAACAAUCAAUUCAAAAUAUACACCAGAUCAUUUACCAUUAUUAAAAAGUUUACAUAUAAAUCGUCCAUUAAAUUUUAUAAAUAUAUUAAAUUCUAAUUAUAUUUAUUCAUUAUUAUAUAAUAUUUGGUAUAAAGAAAUUAUAAAUAAAACAAAAUAUUAUGAUUUAAAAUCGAAAAUCCCGCCAAUCAAUUAUCGCGCGUUAUAUGAACAAACUAAAUUAACAUUCAAUUUAACUUAUUUAUUCGAUGAUUUAUAUGUUGGUCAUGUCAAUGAUUAUUUAAUUCAUCCUGGUUUUAAUUAUUUUAGAAUAAUUUUACGUAAUUUAAAAAAGAUUUCAAAUGAUGAGCAUAACAAUUUAAUAAAAUUUUAUAAAAAAUUAAAUCGAUUAUAUAAAGAAUAUCAUAAUAAUUAUUUAUUGAUUGAAAAUCAAUUAAAUAUUAUUGAACAAAAUAAAAUAAUUUUAAAACCAUUUGAUAAACUUGCUAAUAUUUGUUUAAAUUUAUUAGAACAAAUUCAAAAUUUAUCUAAUUUAGAUAUUGAACAUUUAAUCGAUCAAUUAUUUCCAAUUAGUUGGUAUGAAUUAAAAUUGAAUUUAAUUCAAUAUAUAAUACCAUUUAUACAUUAUUUAUUAGAUGAUCUGAUCCCAUUUAAUGGUUUAUAUGAAAUAUAUAUCAAUGGAAUUAAUACUAUUUGUCCAAUAAUUAAUAACAAUAAUAAUCAACAAUUAUCAAUGUUAAAUAUAAAGCCUAUAUUAAAUGAAUUAAAAUGGAUGAGUAUAAUAAUGACAAUAGGAUGUAUAUUUUUAUUAUUAUUAUCAUUAAUCAAUUCAUUAUUAUUAUAA